AUGGACAUCAUACCGCUUUUCAACCAACAUGGCUGCAAUAUUCGACCUUCAGUUGGCGAAAACGAUAGCUAUACUCUUCCAGGGGAAUGGCGUCAUAUGGAUCGGUUAUAUUCAGACUGUAUACGCCGAGAUGUUGUCGAGAAUCCUGAGAUUCUCCAAGUUCGAUCUGACGAUUGUUUUGUUGUAACGUAUCCCAAAUCGGGAACAAUGUGGACAUUGGAAAUGACUCAGCUGGUCAUGAAUGAUGGGGUCACGACAAUCCCCGACCCAACAGCCCAACACCACAUACUGCCAUUUAUGGAAUUCAAAGUCGACAAGAAAUCGCGGGACAGCACACUAUAUGACGGUCUUUCUAUGACAGAGAAAAUGAAAUCACCGCGGCUAGUGAUGUCGCAUUUACCGGUCGGCAAGUUGACAAAGGACUUAUUCACAAAAGGAUGUAAG